GGCCAUUUUAGCAGCAUAACGAUGUCCUUGCUCCUGGUAUUUCCCCGUGUCCUGCUACUAGUUGAUGGCGGCGCUCUUAUAUACAUUACGGUUUGUUUUCAUGUGGGUGUUUAAGUGAUCUCUGGUUAUUACGGGAAGCGGGAGCUCUUGGCUGGCUUCAGUGGUGGAGGUGGUGUUGAGUGAAAGCUCGGAGCGCGACGAUGUUCCUCCUCACUCUCUGCGGGGCUCACUCGCUGCACUAAGCGACCACCGUUUUCCUUCGGCAAGACUCGGGGUUCUGCUAUGCUCCCUAAACCGUAAACUGCUGAGGAAAACACCGGAAAUUUGUUACCAGAUACCUGCAUCAGCGUACCAUUUCAUAUCCCAUCUCUACAAUCAGCCCUUAGAUCAUGGCUUCUAAACCCCACCCUCCUCUGAUGAAGAAGCACAGUCAGACUGACUUGAUAAGCCGCCUGAAAAGCCGGAAGAUUCUUGGAGUUGGAGGCGAAGAUGACGACGGAGAAGUCCACCGAUCAAAGAUAAGUCAGAUGCUGGGAAAUGAGAUGAAAUUUGCAGUUAGAGAGCCAAUUGGGCUGAGGAUGUGGUUGCUAACCUCGGCAGUGGGUUUCACAGUGAUUGCCUUAAUGGCCUUGGUUUUUCCCAACCAUUUAUAUGAGGUUGUGUUUGAGGAUGAAUUAUCUACAACCAGCCUCUCCGUUCGCCUUUAUGGAGGAGCUUUGCUAAGCUUGGCCCUUAUCAUGUGGAACGGUCUCUACACAGCAGAGAAGAUCGUCAUCCAGUGGACUCUACUGAGCGAAGCUUGCUACUUUGCAGUGCAGUUUCUUGUGACGUCCAUCACCUUAAUAGAGAUUGGCAUGCUGCCCAAUGCCGCCGUACUGCUUCUUCUCAGCAGAGUCCUCUUCCUGGCGGUCACCAUGGCUUACUACUACCACCUGGGUCGCAAGCCAAAGAAGAUCUGAAGUGAUGUGCAAGCUCCAAGGAUAAAGGGAGUGGACAGCUGAGCACAGAUCACAAAACAUGGUUGCAAAGUUUGGAUUGUUAUUUGAAAUGGAUCUUGGUUGGAGCGUUCUAUUUUCCAAGUGAGAUUUUUUUUUUCUCUUUGCUCCAUCCAUCCUUGGGACUUAGCGUAGUGUCUCUCUCUCCCCCCGUAACUACCACCACACCCCAACCCAAAUAGUAAACAAAUGAGCACAUUACAGACUUGAUAAGGAAAAACAAAUGCCUCUUUCCUUCAGAAAAGUGAGGUUAAACGUUCAUGGCACAAAUUCCUCCCGAGUGCUGUUACUGUGUUUUAAAAAAUAACCACUUUGUAUUGUAUUGCAUUUGUAUUCUUAUCUUAUCAGCUAUGUACUGCGUAGGGCAGUGUCUCACUUGGUUGCUAAUGUACCGUGGGAAUAUUUCCAAAUUUACAGUUCAAUUUACUGCUUCACAGGACCAAUAGUUUGAGUUGGAGUUUGUUGUUCUGUUUUUUUUCACACUGUUUGCAAAAAAGCCUCAAGCGUCAACCACUGUAAAAUUUCGACAGAGACCUAACAAGCCAAGUCUUUAAUGUUGACUUUCAAGAUUAGCACAGUAGUGAACAGAGCAAGUGUAGCAUUUGGGUUGGGCUUUAGUGUCGAGCUCGCAUUACAAGCAGUCUUUGAUUUAGAGAACACAAAAAAAAAUCUUUGGAUCCUCAUGAGUAGUGUAGCACAAUUUUUAUGUAACGCCAUAUCUGUAGCCUUGCCUUAAAGCCAUUUAAAAGCGUCACCAACACUGCAUCUUGACAUCUACUGGGUGUGUAUGUAAAUAAAAGUACAUGUGGUAGUGUGCGGAAGGAGACAGGGAAGUUGUUCAGUAUUAGUUAAAGCUAUGGUUUCUCUCAAGUGUAAUUUUUGUACCUAUAUAAGCAGCUCUUGUAUUUUGAUGUCAUGCAUGUAAAAAUUCAGCAGUGAAGAACUCGCUGCGACAGUGUAGCAACCAAUGAAUCAAACUGAUGUUCACAUUGGUGAAAGUCAGCAUAUUAAUUAUAUAUAUAUAUAUAUAUAUAUAUAUAUGGUGUAUUUCAGGAAAAAAAAGGUUAUGUGCUUUGUCACAGGUACUUGGCAAUUUUAUUCUGCCUCCACAACACUCAGUACAAUUGUACCUCCCAGUUCUUUGGCAUUAUUCCAGUUCAGAUAGUUUUACUCUGAACUUGUGCUUUUGCACGCCUUAGGCCCGGUCGAGUCUAAAAUAUGACUGAAAACAAAGCUUCAAUUUCUUAAUGUAAACCGGGCCUCCUCCAGGUGGUCCCUCGGUCACGCUGCAGAUGGGAGUAGUCUUGAGGUCUGAGUGAUUACGGGUUAGCAGUUGCAAGUUCAGUUUUCAGCAUGCACGUGCUUGUUACUUGGGUGAGUCUUAACUCCAGAUAGCAAUACAUGGGUGAGGUCUCCUGUACUCCUUCAGAGUAGUAAUUAUCUCUUAGCAAUGUUUAAUUAGAUACAGUCCUCCCCAGCAACUGAGUUUAAGACUACUACUCUGUCCUUACUACCACACUAAUUAAGGGGUAAGAAAAAAAUAAGUAAUUCCAUUUCCGCCUAUAGUAGAGGCUUCAAAUCAUCAGACAUUUGAAAUGUUCAAAGGUCUGUGGAGUAUGUUAUUUUAGGGCAGAUACUUUAUUUUUGGGGCGGGGUGAGGUGGGUUGGGGGGGAGGGUGAACGAGAGAAGGCUAACUAAAAAGCUUUUCUGUACGCGUGGUUCUCCGACAUUUCUCUCCAAAUAUUUUGUUGCUCAACUGAGUUAAGUGGAAGAUCAAGAGCAGUUGUUUAACAGCUCCAAAGCUUUUGUUCUGUUCUGAAUAGCAUUCCUGGUCAAAUGGUUUCAACUUGUAGCAAUGUUUUCUCAUGUAUAAAAUGUUUGUCGAUCUUGAAAAUUAGUAGUUUGAAAUAAAGAACACUUGUUAAUUUUGAA